AUGGAGGUUCACCACAGUGGUGAAUUUAGGGAGAAGCCAAACAAAGUUUACAUUGAAGGACAUAUGGAUUGCAUAAAUGACUGUGAUGUUAACUUGAUGUCGCUUAUUGAAAUGGAUGAUAUAGCCUCUACUAUUGGAUAUGCUCCAUACAUUGGAUAUUAUUACAGAAUUCUUGAUGGUGAUGUCUCAGUUGAUAAGGGGAAAAGGGUAAGAUCAAAGUGUGAUGAAUUAGACAGUGAAUACCAACUUGACUCUGAAUCUAGUGACUAUGAUUUUUUGGUUGAUAAUGAUUAUGAAAAUGAGUAG